AUGUACCCAGUGAAAUGCAACCAGGACCGACUCGUAGUGGAGGACAUUGUCAAGUUUGGAUCGUCGUUCCGGUUCGGACUGGAAACCGGGCCCAAGCUGGAGCUCGGAUAUUACUUUCAAUGUGCAAAAUGUGUAACCAAAAGAAGCAUAGUAGUGAUUUACCUCACAGAUAAGUCACAAGAAGUGCAGAAUAUAGAGAUUCAAGCAUCAUUGCAAAAUGCUAUAACUGAUAUCAAUGUAGAAGAUGUUAUUCUGAUUGAGGGUUCACAUGUUGCUCAAGAACCUGGUUAUGUAGACCUUGAAGGAGAGUAUGUUGCAGAUGAUGAGUGUGAUGAAGAGGAUGAUAGAGAAGAAUAUGUAGUUAAUGGUGGCGCCUUGGUGGAUGCUGAGUUAGAAGUUGAUGAUGUUGUUGAUGAAGCAGAAGAACCUGAUGAAGAUGAUGAAGAUUUCAGGGACAGUGAUUAUGAGCAAAGUGAGGAUGAAGAUGACAAUAAGUUUCACAAAUUUGUUGUACCAGAAGAUACCGAAGAGCAGUAUAAAGAACCAGGUGAGGAGGAAACAUAUGAGUAUGAUACCGAGGAGUUUGAUAGUCUGCAUGGGUCUGAAUCUGAGCAAGAAAAUAAGUUGAAAUUGUCGAAAAGUUUAGAGGCCCCAAGAUUUAAACAAUAUAAUAGAGAUCAUGACUUAAGAGAUCCAAAACUUUGCUUGGGCUUAGAAUUUCCUACUGUUGGAGAGUGUAGAGAAGCUUUAAGGUACUAUGCAAAUGGUUGUGCAAGGAUGGUUAGAUUUGAGAAAAAUGACACUGUUAGAGUUAAGAUGGUCUGUAAUGGUGAAUCUGAAGAAGGACCUUGUCCUUGGAAGGUGUAUGCAAGCAGAGUUAAAAGAGGGCCGACUUUUAGGAUUAAGACAUUCAUUGAAUGUCAUACUUGUGGUAGAGAGGAAAAGGCAAAGUUUGCAACUUCAAGUUGGUUGGCUGAAAGGUUUGAUGAGGAUCUUAGGAGAAAUCCUAACAUGUCUGUUCCAUAUUUCAUGGAAAUGGUGAGAAAGCACUACAACAUUGAUGUGACUAAGGAUCAAGUUUACAAAGCUAAGUCAUUUGCUGCUACAAAAAUACAAGGAAGCAUUGAGGAGCAGUAUGGUAAAUUAUGGGAUUAUUGUCAUGAGGUCAAGGUUCAAAAUCCAGGGAGUACGGUGCUAGUGAAGACAAAAUUGAGGGGUGAUGAUCCUGUUUUUGAGAGGAUGUAUAUAUGCUAUGAUGCUUGCAGGAAGGGAUUCAUAGAAGGGUGUAGGACUAUGGUUGGGUUUGAUGGCUGCCACAUCAAGGGAAACCAUCCAGGUCAACUUCUUAGUGCUAUUGGGAUUGAUGCUAAUAAUGGCAUGUUCCCAAUAGCAUUUGGUAUAGUUGAAAUUGAGAAUAAAGAGACCUGGACUUGGUUUCUUGAUAUUUUUUUCAAAGAUGUUGGCAUACUUAAUGGAAAUGGAUGGAUAUUUAUUACAGACAAGCUGAAGGGCUUGGGACUAGCUAUUAAGAACUUAAUGCCUGAUGCAGAGCAUAGACAUUGUAUUAGGCACCUUCAUAGCAAUUUCAGGUCAGAUGGUCAUGGUAGUUUGGCACUUAAACAAAGGCUAGGGGCUGCAGCUAGGGCCACUACUAUUCCUACAUGGCAAGGAGAGAUGGAUAAGAUCUUGGUGCUAUCUGAAAGUGCAUAUGACUGGUUGGUAAAAAGGCCAGCUAAAAAUUGGAGUAGGUCACACUUCUCCAUUGGUUCUAAGUGUGAUAUUUUGCUAAAUAAUUUGUGUGAGUGCUUCAAUUCUAAAAUUCUAGAAGCAAGGGACAAGCCCAUAUUGAUAAUGCUACAAAGAAUUCAUAGUUACUUGAUGUUGAGAAUGGCAAGAAAAAGAGAAGAGAAAUGGCAUCGAAGGGUUGGACCUAAAAUUGUUAAGAUUUUGGAAAAGAUUGCUCAAGAGAGUGGAUCAUGCAUUGCUCAAAAUGCUGGGGGAGGCAAGUUUCAGGUGACACACAUGUAUGGGGCGCAAUAUGCAGUGGAUUUAAAUAGACACUCAUGUUCAUGCAGAAAAUGGGACCUAUGUGGUAUUCCUUGUUGUCAUGCCAUGGCUGCAAUUACUAGACAACAGAGGAGUCCAAUCGACUAUGUGAACCCAGCAUACAAAAGAGAGGCAUAUGACAAAGCUUAUGGGAAUUUUAUCUCCCCAAUGCCUGGCCAAGAUUUGUGGGAAAAACUGGGAAAAGGUAGAGCUAGAAGGACAAGGGGAAGGCCCACAAGUGCUAAUCCAAGGCAACCAUCAGAGACAAAUACAACCUCUAAUGAUGCAUCCCAAACUAGACCAUUGAGGAAGGCCAAGUUACAAGUUGGUCGUAGAGAAAGUUUAGUUAAAAGAGGAGGCCAUGUUGCCCAGACUACAAGGACUAUAAGUGAAGGGGGAUCCCAGCACCAAUCUGUGAUGCAUCCAAGAGGAAGCGAAGCAGUGCUACAAGGCCAAUCAGUUAUAACUGGAGAACCAAGAAGGUUCAAAUCUGCAGUGAAAAGAGCAAGGACUUGGAGACCAUGA